GCUCGCAGCGGCUCCGUCCUCCCGGGGCCGGAGCGGCUGCGGCGGCUCCGCAGCUCCCGGGGCUGCGCUCCGGGAUGGCUUUCGCCAAUUUCCGCCGCAUCCUGCGCCUCUCCGCCUUCGAGAAGCGCCGCUCCAAGGAGUACGAGCACGUCCGGCGCGACCUGGACCCCGGCGAGGUGUGGGAGGUGGUGGGCGAGCUGGGCGAUGGAGCCUUCGGAAAAGUCUACAAGGCCAAGAACAAGGAGACUGGAGCUCUGGCAGCUGCCAAGGUCAUCGAGACCAAGAGCGAGGACGAGCUGGAGGAUUACAUGGUGGAGAUUGAGAUCCUGGCCACCUGCGAGCACCCGCACAUCGUCAGACUGCUGGGAGCCUUCUACUGGGAUGGCAAACUCUGGAUCAUGAUCGAGUUCUGCCCCGGCGGGGCCGUGGAUGCCGCGAUGCUGGAGCUGGACAGGGGCCUGACUGAGCCUCAGAUCCAGGUGAUUUGCCGCCAGAUGUUGGAGGCUCUCCACUACCUGCACAGCAAAAGGAUCAUCCACAGGGACCUGAAGGCUGGGAACGUGCUCCUCACUCAGGACGGGGACAUCAAGCUCGCCGACUUUGGAGUGUCUGCCAAGAACGUGAAAACCUUGCAGAAGCGAGAUUCCUUCAUCGGGACCCCUUACUGGAUGGCCCCGGAGGUGGUGAUGUGCGAGACCAUGAAGGACACUCCCUACGACUACAAGGCCGACAUCUGGUCCCUGGGGAUCACCCUGAUCGAGAUGGCCCAGAUCGAGCCGCCCCACCAUGAGCUCAACCCCAUGAGGGUCCUGCUGAAGAUCGCCAAGUCCGAGCCGCCCACGCUCAGCUGCCCUUCCAAAUGGUCCCUGGAGUUCAGAGAUUUCCUGAAGAAGGCGCUGGACAAGAACCCGGAGACUCGGCCAAGCGCUGCCCAGCUGCUGGAGCAUCCCUUCGUCAGCAAGGUCACCAGCAACAGGGCCCUGCGGGAGCUGGUGGCCGAGGCCAAGGCUGAGGUGAUGGAGGAGAUCGAGGAGAGUCGGGAUGAAGCAGAGGAGGACGAUUCCUCGGAGUCUGCCUCGCCCCCCGGGAAGCACAAGCGGGACCCCUCCGAGGCGAGCCAGCUGAGCUCGGACGGGGAGAAACCUCCGGACUCCUCCUUGCCCAAAGCCGCCAACGGCUCCGUGGGCACUGGCAAGGACACCGCAGAGGGCCAGGGCAUCAAAGGCUCGGAUAAAGGGAUGAGCAGUGACGGUGACCAGCUGGACAGCACGCACCCCACAAAACCCAGCUCGGCCUCCCAGGACAAGCCGGACAUCAUCCUGCAGCCGGGACAUUUGGGAAACCCAGCGGAGGGGAACAGGGAGCCCAGGCUGGGCAGGGAGGAGAGGAGGAGCCUUGGGGAGAGGAAGAGCAUGGUGGAGCGACCAGAGAGUGUUCUCCUGGAGAACUUGGGCGAGGAGAAGCUGGCCAAUGGAAGCCUGGUGGAGCCCCUGGGGCCGUUCCCCGGCAGCCGCUCCAAAGGGGACUCGGAUUCCGGCAGCACUUCGGCCUCCGAGAGCAUGGACCUCACCAUCUCCUUGUCUGCUGACCUGUCCCUCAACAGGGAGAGUGGCUCCAUCUCCCUCAAGGACUCCAGGAUGCACAAGAAGACCCUGAAGCGCACCCGCAAGUUCGUGGUGGACGGGGUGGAGGUGAGCGUCACCACCUCCAAGAUCAUCAGCGAGGACGAGAAGAAGGAUGAGGAGAUGAGGUUUCUCAGGCGCCAGGAGCUGCGGGAGCUGCGCCUCCUGCAGAAGGAGGAGCACAGGAACCAGGCCCAGCUGAACAGCAAACACCAGCUGCAGCUGGAGCAGAUGCUGCGGCGCUUCGAGCAGGAAAUGACGGCAAAGAAGAAGUUCUACGACACGGAGCUGGAGAACCUGGAGCGGCAGCAGAAGCAGCAGAUCGAGAGGAUGGAGCAGGACCACUCCCUGCGCCGGCGCGAGGAGGCCAAGCGCAUCCGCCUGGAGCAGGAGCGCGACCACGCGCGCUUCCUGGAGCAGCUCAAGCAGAUGAAGAAGGAGGUCAAGAACGAGGUUGAGAAGCUGCCACGGCAACAGCGCAAAGGGAACCUGAAGACGAAGAUGGACGACUUCACCCAGAAGAAACAAACCAUGGAACAGGACUUUUUGGCCAAGCAGAAGGAGGACCUGGAGCAGGCCAUGAAGAACAUCACUGCCCAGAACAAAAGAGAGAUCUGCGACAAGGAGCGUGAGUGCCUCAACAAGAAGCAGCAGCUGAUGAGAGACCGGGAAGCUUGCAUCUGGGAUCUGGAGGAGCGUCAGCAGCAGGAGAAACACCAGCUGGUCAAGCAGCAGCUGAAGGACCAGUAUUUCCUCCAGAGGCACGAGCUGCUCCGGAAGCACGAGAAGGAGAGGGAGCAGAUGCAGCGCUACAACCAGCGCAUGCUGGAGCAGCUGAGGCUGCGGCAGCAGCAGGAGAGGGCCCGGCUGCCCAAGAUCCAGCGCAGCGAGGGCAAGACGCGCAUGGCCAUGUACAAGAAGAGCCUCCACAUCCACUCCAGCGGCAGCGCCUCCGAGCAGAGGGAGAAGAUCAAACAGUUUGCUCUGCAGGAGGAGAAGAGGCAGAAAGCAGAGCGGCUGCACCAGCAGCAGAAGCAUGAGUCGCAGAUGAAGGACAUGCAAGCCCAGUGUGAGAGCAACACCAACGAGCUCCAGCAUCUCCAGAAUGAGAAGUGUCACCUGCUGAUCGAGCACGAGACCCAGAAGCUGAAGUCGCUGGAUGAGAACCACAACCAGCACAUGAAGGAGUGGCGGGACAAGCUGAGACCACGGAAGAAGGCCCUGGAGGAUGAGCUGAACCAGAAGAAGCGUGAGCAGGAGAUGUUCUUCAGGCUGAGCGAGGAGGCCGAUGGACAGAUGCCAGUGUCCCCGACCAAACACGCCAAGUUUGUCCCCUUCAGCUCCUCAGAGAGCUUGUAACACCUGGCAGGCCAGCAGCUGCUACUGGCCAUGUCCUCCUGGGCUGCAGGAGAGGGCUUGGACUUGGAAGACCCUCUGAGCAGCCCCUUCUUCCCACAGCACCCUCCCGUCCCCGCGCUCUGCCCGGGAUAAACGUGGCCUCUGCGCUGAGGGGUGCUGGCUGGAACUUGGGGUGGCUUUCCCAGGAGCUCCAGGCUGGGAAUUGGGGCAGGACCCUGUCUGGAUUGUACUUGCACUGUUGGCUGGAUGCGUCCUGGGUGAGCCUGGUGCUCACUGGCUUUGUCAGCUCAGGCUGGAGCAGUGGCCGCUCUGAGCAGGAGAAGCAGGGCUGUCACCUCCCUCUCCACCGUGGCUGCUCCUGUCCCGGUCCUUUGUAAGGCCUGGCCUGGGGCAGAGCACCUUUGGCACUGUCUUAAACUCACCUUGGCCUUAGACUUAUUCCUCUGCCCCGUGGCCCUUUUAUUUUUGGCCACAGAGAGACAGAGAUUUGGGUUUUUAUUUUGCCCUAGGGAGGGCUGGGUUUUCUCUUCCUCCUCCUCCCCACACAGACUGUGCAGAAAGGAGCUGGAAGUCCUCCCAAAGAUGCUUCUGCCCUUCCUUUGCUGUGACCACUGGCACCACAGCCCCUGUGGCACUGAGCUAACCCCGUUAUCAUCAGGGCUGAUUCAGCUGGCUGCAGGUUUGAUUCUUGAGGAUGUUCAGGUGCAGGUACAGAGGGGGAGGCUGGGGACAGCGCCGUGUCCUGCGGUGACACGGUGACGUGUCUGUCACCGUGACGUGCCUUUGGGGUGAGGGGUGUUACUGCCAGAGCUCUCAGCAUCACACAGGCACUUGAGGCUGCUUUUUAAGUCCUUUCUGUGUGGGGUCAGCCAGCCUGGCCAGCGGGUUGUGGCUGCAGGGAGGAGGAACAAAGGAGCGGUGGAACAAGGGCAGGGGAGGCGCAAAGGGGACUCGCUGCUCCCAGCAGCUCCUUGUCCUCUGAUGUCUCAGCUCCUUGCGAUGUUCCACAGCUUUUUGGAUGGUUCUCCUGGCUGGGAGUCGCGGGCAGAGUGGCAGAGCAGGUCCUCUGUCCUUUCUGCCCCCUUGGCUGGGACUGGGAGCACCGAGCUGGGGAGGGGGUCAGGGACCUCACCGGCAGCACCACCUUCUUUACACAGCCCAGAGGUGUAAGGCAGCACUUAAGUUUUCCCCUGGACAGCGUUGUUUGUUUAACACCUGUUUCUUUAGCAAGAAAAAAAAAAAAUACAUAUAUAUAUAUAUAUAUUUCUGCUUAAAAAAAGAAAAGAAAAGAAAAUAUAAGAAAAAAGUUGUUAUUUUCAAGUCCCCUCUGUUGAUUUACUGACAUUUCAGGGAAAGGUGGUAUGUGAUGUGCCUCACUUCUAGGUGUUUAGUUAUUUAACUCUGUCUGGAGAGUGCAUUUUCUGCCCUUUCAGCGCUCCUAAUCCAUAUUUAUAAGCUUCCUGCCAGCUAGCAAGACUCUCUCUUUGUGCCAUCCCGGGUUACCUCUGGUUUCACAGCCACGAUGUCUGUGUUAAUAAACACAGAAAGGGUUCCUGCCCCAUCUCCAGAAGCGUGGAGUGUGCCUCUCAGACGUGAAAACACCAGGCUGGGAACCGAUGUAGGGUUAAUGAAUGCAAGGGGAUGUUCCUGAACUGGACAAGGGGGUUGAUGGGAGGUUUUAAUCACGCUAGGAUGGCGUUGCAGCAGCCCCGGUGGUCCUGGUCCUGGCCCUGGUCCUGCUGGGGUCAGGCUGGAGCUGUCGUGUGCAGGGGUUGUGUCAGGAAUCAGAGCCCGGUGCCCAUCCUUGGAGGGCCCUGCAGAAGCUGUCACCUCCCCCAGCUGAAGGGCACCGCUGCCUCUCCACCAGCCCAGGGAGCACCAUCCCUCUCUGGACAUCCUGCAGCCACCAGGAAAAACCGUUUCUGGGGGCUCCCAAAGGGGGUGCAGAGCCCCCGUGGUAAAUCCCUGAUCCCUGCCUCCAGUGCAGCUGAUUCCCAGCGUGGGGAGAGGCACACAGCCUUGCUGACAGAGGUAGGAAUGGUUCUGCGCACUCAUCUUUGUGUUCUGUGCUCGUGCCAGGCCCCAGUACCGUGUCCCUCGCCUAGAAGGGGGGCACAUCGUCUGACUGUCAUGUUUACAGCCUGGUUAUCAUCUUCCCUCCUUCCAAAAGAGGAUUUAUUUGUCGUUCUCAGUCCAGAAGGAACCACAAUUGAACCCAGCUUGCUUUUCAGGGCGGGGAUGGGACACGAUUUUAUAAAAUGUGGCUUCGAAUAAAAAAUGGGGUUUUUUAAAAAAAUAUUUUGUAAAAUAUCUUCAGCGGGGCCACCGCUAUGAUGUAAAGACCUCUCUAAUAAAGUAACAGCCUGAGAAACCUG